AUGACGUCCUCGCGACCUGGUGGCACCGGCUGGCAAGAAACAGUGUCUAGCACGUCUCCAAAGCUGGCCAACGCAAUGGAGGCUGCCAGAGCUGGGGCUGUCGAGGUUGGACGCGUAAGCCGCCGUUUCCUCCACCGGAUAUGGGACCGGGAGCCAGUCAAUAAUCGCACAAUCAAUGAGCCCGUGUGGUGUCUCGGCUGUUCAUACACGCUUGACACCAAGCAGUACGGCUCACCGUUGUCGUCGUCGUCCCUGUCCCAACUUAGAACAGAUACACCGCCCUUGGACAAGUCACAGCCUCCCGGUACGCAUCAGCACCAAGAAUCUGAUGGCGUCCCGACCAAUACGCCGCCCUUGUCAUCGCUCCCACUGGUAGCGGCAACGACGGCGACUUGCCCGUCAGACACCUCAGCGUCUGCAGCACCAACAGGUCCCCCGCCUGGACCGUCCGACACGAUGUCGGAUUCAGUAGCGAGUGGUUAUGAUUCGUCUUUGGCGUACGAAGAGCCCGGGCAAGAUGGUGGAUGGCCGCCUGCCUUUCUCGACGACUUCGAGUCUCGUAUAUGGAUGACAUACCGCACUGACUUCGCCCUUAUCCCGAGGUCGUGCGACCCACAAGCAUCAUAUGCCCUGUCUUUCGCAAUGCGGAUCAAGACCACAUUUUCGGACUUGACGGGUUUCUCGUCUGAUACGGGCUGGGGAUGCAUGAUCAGGUCGGGUCAAAGCCUUCUCGCAAACGCUAUACUUGUUGCUCGCCUUGGUCGCGAAUGGAGGCGAGAGACGGACCUGGACGCGGAAAAGGACAUUAUUGCCCUAUUUGCAGACGAUCCCCGCGCCCCAUUUUCCCUACACAACUUUGUCAAAUACGGCGCCACGGCCUGUGGCAAAUAUCCUGGUGAAUGGUUCGGUCCAUUGGCAACUGCACGAUGCAUACAGGCAUUGACGGACGAGAAGGAGUCGGGCCUGCGGGUAUACUCAACCGGUGACCUACCGGAUGUUUACGAAGACAGCUUCAUGGCAGUUGCAAAUCCAGAUGGGCGCGGCUUCCAGCCAACCCUCAUUCUCGUAUGCACAAGGCUCGGCAUUGAUAAGAUCAACCAAGUAUACGAAGAGGCUCUUAUCUCAACUCUACAGUUACCUCAGUCGAUAGGUAUAGCCGGCGGUCGUCCCUCCUCCUCCCAUUACUUCAUCGGCGUCCAAGGGCAACGGCUCUUUUACCUGGACCCUCAUCACCCACGUCCCGCACUCCCUUAUCGCGAAGAUCCGAAAGGGUACACGGCAGAAGAACUGGAUACGUGCCACACUCGACGGUUGCGACAACUUCAUAUUGACGACAUGGAUCCUAGUAUGCUUAUCGGGUUUCUUAUCAAGGAUGAGGACGACUGGGACAUGUGGAAGAGUUCUGUGAAGCAUGUUCAGGGCAAGUCCAUCAUCAGCGUUUCCCCGCACGACCCUGCCAGGGGGCAGGGUGGAGGCCGUGCCGAAGCCAUUGAUGAAGUAGAAACUCUAGAGAGUGAUGACGAUGGAGAAACCGCUCUAGGAGCAUAA